ACAAGCGCUAAAAGAAAAACCCCUGAUCGUGACGAUACGGGGGCAGCUCGUGGUACACGAGAUCCACACAAGUGGAAUUCAAAAAGGAAAAACACCCCUUUUUGCCAUUUUAUCGUUCCAUUUCACAUUUACUCCUAAACCUUCUAGUGGAAAGAUCUGGCCGCCCGGUUUUUGGUGCGUGGAAUAGAAACACUUAAGGGGGCAUUCUCGCCGUGUAUGAAGAUUUGGCAUUAGUCUUGGUUGACGCCAGUGCGCGCGAUACACCGCAAAACGUGAAUCAACAUUUGCUGUCGCUUGUUGCUCGGACGGAGAUUGUUGAAGUGCCAGAUUGGAACCAUAUUUUAUCACAAGCGUAUAUUCGUUAGAUACAUUCGGUUUGGUUUAAGGCCCAGUGUGCUCGGAACCGUACCAGAUGCACUUGCCUUAGAUUGGUUGUCUAACCAAUGUCUGUUUUAUAGCAACUUCGGCGAUAACCGUCAGACCUCACAGUAUAGUUCAUCACAGUUAUGAUUCUAGACGCAGUGGCAUUCAGUGUGUUAUGUUGAUGUGGUGGCAAAUUAUCUGCUUUCGAGUCAAGUCACGUGUCAGAGCAGACGCGACUACCAAAAGAAGAUUUUCGGAAAGCUGUGUUUGAACAAUGUGUUGUGCGUUGUGUUUGCUUUGACACAUUCGGUCGUGUGUGCUUAAUCAACUAAGCAAAAGGUACUACACCAAGUGCUGCCUGUACGGCCGUAUUACUUCUAGUGUGUUGAUGGUGCAAUAGACGACGCUGCGACAAUGCGGUGAUAGUUGAUGAAACGCAUUGUGCUAUCGCAAAUCACAGUAGCUUCUAACGACAAUUCUAUUUACUAAUCCGGUACUCUACCUAAAUCAUCGCCCGUUCGCGUUGCGCACGUUUCGUUUCUGUUCCUUUUUAUUCGCGGCAGUGACAUUGAUAAUGGCUGUCAGCAGCAUAACACACCACCAAACGUACGCGGCCGUAGAUUUCUGUGCAAUUGUGUAUUGGUUCGGUCCCGGAUACGAUAAGUCACAGAUACGAUAGCAUUUACACACGGGUGCUUGUAUGUGAAUGCACACUGUUCGACGGUGUAGGUCGAAAGAGUUUCUGAAUCGAAAAACAUGAGGUGCAGUUCGUGUAUCGGUGGCAAACGUCGCAGUCAUAGACGUCGCAACGACCAUGAAUCUACAUCAUCAGUGAAACCAACUAAAACAGCUGAUUGGAAACCCGGCCAGAAUAUGGAUCAGCAUCUAAACGCACCGGACGACUGCAUCGUGUAUCGGGUGGAAUCGCCUGCAAACAACCAUUCUACUACGUUCAACGAAUCAGAUGAUUAUCGCCCUCCAUCGAUAACAAUCACAGAGCUCGACGAUGAAAUGAUCGACGAAAACGAAAUAGACACAUCAUCUUCAAAGAGAGAUAUGUAUGAAGAUAUUACGAUUCCUGGUGACCUGGUAAGCCACUAUCAUCGUCCUUCGCGUGCAACGCUUGAAAUCAUACGAGAAGAAGAACUGACCGAUUGUAGUGACAGUGAAAAUUCACACAUUUUGCCGUCGUCCGAUAGAGAACAUCCACCAUCACAGAAGGAAGGUAACAUCGCCCAGGUGGAUAACAACACAACAAGCGGAAAGGAAAACGGUGUCGCGCACGUUACGACAAAAUUCGGUUCUGUCAGUGUAUUGCACGAUUUUCUACGCUACCGACGGCAGAGAAAACGACGACGUGGAACAGCACUUCACAACGCUGCACCGCACUUUCGGCAAAACGAGCAACAGGUUCCGACGACAUGCCUACUACUAGACGCCAAGGAGAGCAAUAUAGCACCGACGGAGUAUAGAAGCAUUUGUACCACGGAGAUAGUCAACAGUGAGGUAAUGCAGGCCGAAGUCAUCAACAUUGGAUCCAACUCCAGCAGUCUUGAUGAUCUUAGCGACAUGGAAUCGGAGAAUCGGGAAGAGCCUGUGGAAAUGUUUGCCCAAGAAAGCAGCACAACUCCCGAUCAUAAAGUAUUAAUCGACCAAAUCGACGGCAGCAUACAGAGCGAGGGGAAACCAAACCAGAAACACUGUACAAUUGUUAAUGACAGCGCUCCUUCAGAUGCGACUCCAUCUAACCAUCCCGACCUGCAUCAAACAAACGAAGAUGUCGAAGAAUCGCCCGAUGUGUCUAACGACGACAAUGGAAACAGUAUGCAAACUCAUGUCAUCACAGAAAACCAACAUUUGAAGCAAAAUAUUCUCAACCCUAGUGAAAAUUUUGCAGCGCUUGCGCAGCUUACCAACUUCCCACGGAACCAAAUAUCGGACACUGGGAAUGUUGACGAUAUUGCGACAGGGUGUGCGUUAGCUGGUGACGUUGGCGCAGAUCAAUGUGAGCGUCACGAUGUUGCGACGAGCAGCAUCCAUAGUGUCCUACACGCCACCGUUGAGAAAAUGAGCGAGCAUAAGAAUACGGUUGAGAGCAGCAAACCAGACUCUGUAGUACGGGUUACCCUCGAGCAUAGCACGUCUUCGCUACUAGUUGAAGAUCGUGAUCGCGCGUCGGUUGUCGUCGGUAAUGAUGAAAAUGUCAUCAAGGCUUUGAAGGACCCGUGGUCCUCGGUGAACGUUCGUGACUGUGUACCAAAGUUCGACAUCGACUGCACCGUGAAUCAUUGUGUUCGGUUCGGCAAAACACCCCCAUUGAUUGAGGAAAUCAUGCACCGCCGAGAUCAAUCUCAGGGGGCGGCAAUCGGUGUGAAAAAGGAAAAUCAAACUUUUUCUCCUCCAUCACCACCGUCGCAGGUGGUGCCACAAGGGGCAAUUCCUCUGCCUCCACCACCGACCAAAGCGGAUGCAAAAGUGACUAAUCUGGGUCAGAAUACGAUCGAAUCAGCAGAAGUCGACAAAUCCGAUACACCGCCACCUGCGCAGUUAGUUCCCUUAACCGUAGAGGCGCUCUCAUCGAGUACGGCCGGAGUUAACGCUUUGGGCAAAAAUGCUCAAGCUCUUACUGGCGAUCAUUCUAGUAAAACUGAUCAUGCAGAUGCUAAUCAAAAUAGUACGCAAAAUUGUUUCGAUGCAGUAACAUCAGUUCAACCAUCGGAAGCUUCGAAAAGCACUGUCGAUGACCAAAGUGCUUUGUUUAAGUACAUACAAGUGAACGGUCGUACUGCGGAUCCAAGUGAAAAGCAUUAUCAAGGGAACGCACAGAACGCUUCUGAUGUAUCCCCAGACCCAACGGCCUACGGCGAUUGCUUGGUAGGAGAUCUGAAACAGCACCCGCUAGACGAUCCCGUUCCCGUUCAGGGUGAUGCUGGUACCGGCGAGGGCAACGCCGACGGUGCAGCAAAAAUAGAACAGGCUCACGAAGAUCAUGGUGGACAGAACUGUGGUGUUAGUUCCGAAGUAAUCGUGUUGUCCCCAACUUUACGUAAUACUGACCAUGAAAUCUUAGUCUCCGGCACUAAAGCUGGCAUGAAUAACGUAGCACGAAAAAAACAUCCUAGCAGAACAGUGGAACAAAAACUUCCUUCCAAUACUGUGCCAUUAUUAAACCUUGCCGCAGACUCUUUCCCACCAAACCAGAAGCAACCAUUGGCUAGCGAUGUGCGUACAGAAAUUAGUCGUUUGAAAGAUGCAGAGCUAGAAGAUGAGUUUCGCAAGCUGGAAAUAGAAGCAGCAAGAUUCGAAAGGGAAUUGCAACAAAUCACAUUACCCAAGUCGCAAACGUCCCAAUCGCAUGUAUCGACCGAAUGUACCAAAAAAUACUAUGUUUCGAAACAAAAUGAUUUUGUAAUUGAGCGAUCUAGCAUGUCCAGUGUGAAUAAUUCGAAUAUGGUUGGUGCAAUGCAUGGAGUCUCCUCCGAAAAUCACCAACAAGAUGUAGGUUUCGCAUUACGGGAUCAGCGUGAACAACGAUCGAAUCAUGUUAACCAGGAUAUGGUAAUCAAAAAUUCUUCCUCCGACCAGCUUCGUGAGCGUGGUCCCAUACCUCCGCCUCCCUUACCACCGAUCGCUCCCACCAACGCGUCGACGGAUAAUGAAGAAUUUUUUGUGAAAAAAGUCAAAGAUCGUGUGCGUGAUUUAAUGGCGUCGCAGGCUGCGGCUGAGGCAGCGAAAAACGCAACGAAGAUACGUAGUGCACCAUCGACACCAACGGCGAGCCGGAAAAAUAUCGAAGCAGAAUUCAAAGAAUUUAGAGAAAUUCGUCAACGAGAGGCUGUCGCCGAAAGGAAGCUGGUAGCCACCAAACCCAUCGUAACCAGCAGCAGCGGACCAGCAAAGCAAUCACAUGCGCAUACCGUGCGAAACUUUUCACCGUCACGAAUUCCUCUCGCCACGUCCAAAACUUCCACCGUGUCUCAUAGAAAACUUAACGAUGCGCUAAGCACGGGUCCCCCGGUCGCAAAGAAACCCAAUCACGAAAAUAAGGCUUCGACUGAGGAAAACAAUUCGGAGCAAAUAGUAGUCAAUGUUGCGGCACUUAUUGCAACGCACCAAGAAAAGCAACAAUUGAGCACUCUACCAUCGGUUGCGCAAGCCCCGAAAAUAGCGCCACAAACUCCACACGUCGAGCAUAUCGACAGUGACAGCAAUGACCCGGUACAGCAUGAUCCAGCUUCCGACGAACCGGUAGUUAGCGUCAGUGAUAAGUGUCAACAGUUCGAACAGCGCAUUCGACAAAACUCGACCGAUAGUGCGUGCGAUGCGACACCGCACGUACGUAAGAUUUGCAGCAACUCGGCGGCAUUAGAUGGACAACCGUACCAGCAGAAACCCGGAGUGUGGUCUCCCUUUAAUCGCUCUACAGAAGUCCUUACCAAAGCCGAACUUGCGGAACGAUCACCGGCACAAAACGAAGCUAACGCAUCACAACAGCCGCCUGUGUGGACACCACGAAGCGCACCACCAUCGCCACUAUCGGAACGUCGGGAAUUCCGUCGGAUAGGAUUCGAAUCACCAACACCUACACGAAGAACUAUCACUCCGUCUCCGGCAGAUCCGUCUGCCGUGGUAACGCCUCCUUGGAAUCAGCCAGGCUACAAUCCUCCGUUGGCGGUUGCUGAACCUUCGAAAUCAAUCCCAAUACAAAGUUCUGCCUCCAGCGGAGCUUUAGUCAGUUCAGCAAAAGUCACUACGCCACCUCCACCACCACCAGAGCAAGGAUAUCAACAAGUACGAUUUCCACCACUGCCAAGAUCAGCCAACACACAAGAACCAACGAUAAAUUCACUUCUGAAGUCUAAAGAUGGAAAAACAGCUACACUCAAAGGUUCUGAAGCUGCGGAAAGUUUGAAAAAGGUUUCAACUGUAACUGCUAGUACAGUACGUACUUCAUCGUCCUUGAUGACGAACAACUCACAGCUUGGUAGCGUGGUUAAUACAAGUCAAACCAACUACCAAAACCCACCAUUAAGACAUAAAGCAGAACAAUCCAUCGCCUCUUUACAAGCUACAACUGACAUGCAGGACCGACAAAUGCAACAGUCGCCCGCAAACAAAGUGGAAGGAAUCGGUCCUAUUUCUAGGGAAGGAAUGCCACUCACAUUACGAUCAGAGAUAGACGAAAGGAACCGGGAUAAAUGGUAUAAACAAAUGUACCAAACGCUGCACAAAACACACGAAGAUGACGAUUAUGUUACCGUACGAUACAAAACUCGCAGAGGAUAUCCUUACAAAUCGAGUGGCUAUCAGUCGGAGCCCGAGCCUAACUACGAUUCGGACUACAGCAUCAAAUACAGCACCCUUGAUCGCAGACGAACUCCUGUCGGCUUAAGUCCUACCAGCUACAACAAAUUCAACACGUUGCAAAGCAAACCUGCAACACCGCAACAGUACCAUCAGCAGUCGGUGAAAUCAGGACAAGUAUCGUACAAAAAUCAACCGGGCAGAAUAGAAGAUUACACACCGGGACGUUCGUCGAUUUCGGAAAAAGAAUCUAAAGAGUGGUGGGAUGAAGUAAUGGACAUUUUUAACGGGCAAUUGGAACAUCAGAAAAUAACUGGUAAAACAUACACCGAAGGCAAUUUGUCAAGAGCGCUUAAAGAACAAGGAUACGAAAGUGAUUCAACCUUAGUUUUUCGAAAACGAGAGCCUCCAGUUAGUGCAGCACUAAGUCCAGUGGAACAAAAGCAAUACUACAAAACCAUGCAAGCGGGAGGUGAGAUACCACUGCAAGGUUUUCGCAAACCGGCACCAGAGCGGCCAAAAGAUCGUAACGAAGAAGCAAUCGAGUCGGACUUAUUGGUGGAAAUCAAGGAAAAUAAUACCAGCAGCAACUCCAACAUCGCUUACGCAGGACAUUCCACCAUAUCCACUGGCGACAGUGGCAAGAAUUCCCAUGCAUUGGAAAAUAUCACUUGUUAUCCUAUCGUUAACAUCCAUCGACCGUUGGACAUGUUCGGAUCGUUUCUCAAGGAAUCUCGUACGUUCGUACCACCCGUACCACCAAGUCGUAAAUCGUCGCGCAGCAACUCCACGUUGAAAAUCAUGUCCCAGGUGAAGACGAAUACAUUUAACAGACGUACGAUGUUGGAGCGAACGACAACAACGACAACAUCGGCAGGCAAUCAGCAAGCGGGAAAGUUCCGAUCCAAAUCUGCUGGACCAUUAUCGUUUGGCGGUGCUACCUCCAGCACUGCACUCAUGGCAACGUCCGCGUCGAUGAUGAAGGAGGAGAAAAACCAAGAAAAUAAUACUCGCGUUGCUUCUAAACGCUCCACCCUGGCGACUUAUCGUUCAAGUUCCAGCAGCCCUACUGGACAGCAACGAAAAUCAAGCCAAAGUCCAGUAGCUUUCGGUCGCGGCAUCUCGAAAGAACGUACGUUUGCCGAAGAGAAAAAGCGGAUCGAAGAGAAGCUGCCCAAGAUUGUGUCCGUGUCAACGAGCAUUUUACGCAACCCCGAACUCAAGUCACCGAAUGAAGUUAAAAAAGCGCUACGCAGUUCCUAUCUACCCAUCGUGGGAAGAGUGGAAAGCACGGAACGAUCGUCUUUGAAACGAUUCUCUUCAAAUGGAACGUUUCGAAGUGCAUCAAGUAUUUACUCAUCUAACAAGAGCCUUAACAGAGUUUUGUCCCCUGCCUCGAACCACAGAAAGGAAGAUAAAUCCUUCAAGAUUUCGGUUACAUCAACAUCUGCUAAAGGCAAGGAUAUUUCACAUCAACAACUACAAAAGCGGUCACUGAAUCGGAAAUCCAACAACGGUCGUACCUCAACGCCAAGCAUUACUAUUAAAACUAGCUUCCAAAAGGCGUCGAAAGCUUUUGGACUCAAAGCGACAUCCUCAAGCCAAAGUCUCGCCCGAUCCUCUUCAACGUAUUCAAUCGAAUCCACCAACUUAAAAUCUCGUCGAUCGCGCAUUUCCUGCGUUCCGUCCAAUACCGUGGCAACAACCAGAAACCAUCUCCAAACACAACAAAGGCUCCUUACAGGCAGUAGUCUCGAUCGGGGUUUAAAAACUUUGAGAACCAAAUCGCCAACAGUCUUACAUCAUGCGUACGAUCAGAGGAUCGUUCAACAGAAGGAUAAUGUGCGUUCUGAUGCAUUUUUCCAGAGCCUUUUUCUUAGAAGAUCACAACCUGCAACUAAAUUAGAUAUCGACGAGAAGCCGGCAAGUGUACUAGAGAAGGCCCGCCUGUGGAACAAUCUUACUUGCCGUUCGGAGCCUUCGCUAAAACAAUCGAACUAUUAUCUCUCGCAAGCGAAACCUGUAUCAUCUUCAAAAUUUAAAGCUAAGGAGAGACAACAUAAUUCAGAACUGUCUACAACUUACCAAACCGUCCGUGAGGUGGGCCGUGACGUGAUCGAACAAGUGCACCGAUUUGAAUCGAUGAUCAAACUUACUGAAACCCAACCCGAGGAUCAAAACCAAUUCGGUUACGUGCGAGGACGACGAAUGGAAAUAGAUUACAGUUUCCAUGAGCGUAGUCGCAGUGAACCACCGGCGGAAACGACAACCACUACCACGACUAGUACGACUAUACAGGAAGAACUGAUCGGCACCGAUUCGCCAAGAACGAUUGUUGGUCGCCGGUGCCAGGUUGCUCAACGUACAUCCCGGUCUCCUUCCUGUCGACGCAUUCAAUAUCUCAAAGGCAAAGAAGGGCACGUGAAGAAAAUAAUACGAACGCGCAGUCUAAGCGGUAACACCGGACAGCGAGUGUGGUCCGAAAAAUCAAAAAAUGAGCUAGUUCGCAGCCGUUCGCUAAAUCUUACCCAAGAACCUAGUGUUUCUCGAAGCCGCUUUCGCGAACUCAACACAUUCUACAAUAGUUUGGAGCGACUCGGGCAGUUGGAGCGUGUAACAUCAUCUUCGUCCAAUGACUUACGACCCACCCGGCGCACACGAGAAGAAGAAAUUAUCGAUUACGAUCUUUGGAAGCGUGUGCGCGACCAAGAGAAAGCAGAGCGUGAGCUGAAUCAGAUCAAAAAUAAACUCAAGCAAGAUCAACGCGAAAAGGAUCUGUUCUUUUUGCCACGCGAUCCGGAAGACGUACGCUGGAGAAGUGAUCAGGACACGGGACUUCGCAAUCGUGAAAAAUCGGUAGAGGAUCUUAAGUGCAUAUUGAAUGAACAGGCCCUAAGCUUUGAGGAUGCAAAACUGCGCGAUCUCGAAAAUCGGAAAGAUUAUUACAAACCUCUAUGGCGCGGAUCGUCGGUAAUUGAUGUUGCUUCACAUCUGGAGGAAAAGUAUUCUAGCACAGGCGAGAAAAGAGACGAGCCUCAAUCGCUUGACAUUAUCAGCAGCAACUUGCUCAGCACGCUGUCUUUUGAGCAGAUGAAAAAACUAAAAAAUCAGCUAAGCGAAAUUUAUAGCAACGGAGCGCAGAAAGAUCCCACAUCGGUCACACGAGUUACUUCACAAGUUCGUCAGCAGGAUGAAUAUAUUAUCAACGUGCCUGAAAGAGCUAGCAAACUGGAAAGCUUACUCAAAGUACGUAGUCACUCGGUGCUUACACAGGACAAGAUCAAUGAAAGCCAACUUCGAACACAAGCAACCAAAUUCAGCAACAAAACCGUCAAUAAAACGACCAACAUCUCUACAAUGUUUGAAGGUAGCUCAUCAAAUGUAGUUGACCGUGCCGCUCUCUCGCGAACACUUUGCCAAGAAUUAAAGGAUAAGAUCUUGGAAAAGCAUCACACGCUACCAUCGAUCGGCAAAAAGAAGAAAAACUCUCGUCCUUCAAUUCUGACUAAAGAAGAGCCCCGCUUUCUAUCUUUGGAGAGUAAUUUGAAGAAAGUCAGCGUAGACAAGCCCGUUCAAUCGGCAAGAACCACAACACGUAAAGAAAGUGACAAGGAGUUCGAGGUGAUCAUACGCAAGGAACGUCCACAAUCCUACUGCGAUACGGAAAGCAUUUCUUCAGAAACUUCAAAUAAAACGGUCAUUUUCCGGAGUCAAUCAUUGACGCAUGCUGCCGACGUGCCGGUUGAAGACAUCAAAACCAAGAUCAAAUAUUUUGAAGAGAAACAAAUAUUAGAUGAAACUCCAACGGUAACAGUUUAUCAUGCACGGGAAGAUUCUUCACUUUCGGAGAAUGAAUCAGGGACGCAAAGAGAUGAUGGCAACAAGGUACUUGCAGCUAAGGGAGCGUGUAGUUCCAUGCUAACACUUUCCCAGUCGUUCACUGAUCUGAAGGAUCUAUUUGGCGAGAAGCGAUCGGUGUCGUGUUCCGCCUACACUGCCUCCUCUUCGCAAGAUUCGAAGCGUGCUUCUACACGAAAACUGUCGCCCAAACGAUUUACCUUACGUUCUCGCAGUUCCACCCCGGACUAUGCUACAUGCAUACAGACGGGUGAGGUAAAAAAAAUUAAGGACAAAUUCGAAAGCUUGGACGUAAACAUAUGGCGUCAACCGCCAGACAUAUCGACAAGCCCAGAGCGUCAGUAUCAGAGUGAUUCGGAGCUAAGUUGCCAACCGUCUGGAGAGGGCGAUACGAAGACGCAUGAUAACUUCGGAAAACGACAAUGCAAGCUUGCAACGGGAUCAACGAUCGUGCGCCAACUCGAAUCCGGUGACGUAUCCCGCAUCACUCAUAAGUAUGAGGUACAAUCUGAACGUGCCCGGAGCCGCAAGUCGCGGAAGGAACGCGUUACGUCGCCUAUUCCGAAAAAUCCCUUUCGUAAGGACGAUCGCUUCAUGCCACACAUAAACGUCAUAAGCAAAACAGCUUCACUUAAACGUGAAAUAAAACCGACCCGCGUAUCCAACACACAUCACCAAUCUGCCGCAACGAAACCGGCCGUAUUACACUCCACACAGCUACCCAACGUAACUGCGACGACACGAAGUGCAUCCACCGGCAGCUGUGCGCGUCGAAGUGCUUCCUCCGGUAGUGAAGAGUUCGAAAAGCUGAAAAAGUCUCCACGUCGCUACAUUGAGAGCGAUGUCAACAUCCACUACAAAACGCCAGUCCGGUUCGAGUACAAGGAUCCCAUACCAGACGAUGAACUGGCGUACCGUCAGGCGGAGCAUAUGCGCCGAGUUUACCAGGAAGAGCGCCGUCGGAAGUACAUGCAUGAGUUGGAAGACAUGCACUCCAGGCGCCACAUGGACAACAUUUUGCCAUCACAGAAAUCUCCGAUCCCGUUGAACCGGUACGAUGACUUUCCGGCGGACUUGUCGGUCAAACCGCAGAUUGUUCAGCAGCCGAAAACCAUUGCACGAGCGUUGUACAACUUUCAGGGUCAAAGUGUACGAGAACUGUCUUUUCGCAAGGGCGAUAUUAUUUACUUGAGACGCCAAAUCGAUAAAAAUUGGUACGAAGGAGAACAUAACGCAACUGUUGGCCUGCUGCCGGCAAAUUACAUCGAGAUUCUUUCCAGAGACAACGUAAAUGUUAGACCGUUACCCAAAAAGCCCUCUCGGGAAGGAAAGGCCCGGGCAAAGUUUAAUUUUACAGCCCAAACUACCGUCGAGCUCUCACUGCUAAAGGGUGAACUGGUUACGCUUACCAGACGGGUGGACGACAAUUGGUUCGAAGGCAAAAUAGGGAACAAGAAAGGAAUUUUUCCAGUAUCAUACGUGGAGAUACUGACCGACAUUGAUGGCGAGGAGAGCUACGACAUCGAACCUAUUGCCAGCAGACCUCAGUCCGCCCUUGGAGUAACAAGUGAAUCUUCACGAGCACUCACAACGCACUACGACAAUUCGCACACUAACGGCCGUAUUUCGCCCGGCAUCGUGCGAGAAACGAAGACGAUACAGAAAACGGAAGUACUGCACGUGGACACCUCAAACGAACCAAUAUCCUAUCGAGCACUGUAUAACUACAAACCACAAAACACCGACGAACUGGAGCUGCUCGAAGGGGAUGUCGUUUAUGUGUUAGAGAAAUGUGAUGAUGGUUGGUACGUGGGCACAUCAGCACGUUCGGGAUGCUUCGGAACGUUCCCGGGCAAUUACGUGACCAAACUAUGAGUCCACGGAGCCUGUAGGCGCUUAAACUUCCCAGCCAGCAUCCGGCACACGGUGACAUUGCGGAUUUAAAGUUACGCGUCAAACGAAACAACCCAGAAGAUUAAGGCGUAUACUUGGGCCACUUAAGUGUUAGUAAUGUGUUAACAUGGCAUCUCACACCAAAUGAAAACAACAACAAAUGAAAGCAAACGCACCCUUGCCAACAAUUAACGUACAUUUGUGAUGCAACAAAGAGUAAUACCAAAAAAAACACAACAAACAAAAACAACUAAUCUUAUCACGGUAGUGUCUUGCUAGUCAUAGUCGUAUCUACUAUUUUUAGAACAAACGAAAAGCUGUCGAUCGCGCGUUCAAAAUAUUUCCUACUGUAAAGCGCAAACAGAGCAGCACAAACAUUCAUCGUUUGAGGUUUGGAGGCUUUUGGUCAACUCUAGAAUUAUUUGCUUACUUCAAAUGACAAUAGCGCAUUCGAACGAUCGUUGACCGAGCCCGAAACCAAUCGUCAAAAAUUUUAGUAGAACACAAGUGCCUUCACGCAAGCAAUUACGAGCCCAUUAUUGUUGGUGUACAACAAACUAUUGGAGUAAACAGCUAAAAUGCAAAAUUCGAACGGCCUUAGGAACUCAAUUUCAUAGCAAAAGAUUUCGAUUACACCAAUGAAAAUUUGUUUAACGACCAACAAAAGUACCUUGAUUGUCGUUGUCCUUCGAUUAAGUUAAUCCAACGUAAAAUACUAUCAACUACUAACAUCAUGAACUGAUAGAAAGUAUCGUUUCAUGUUUGUCUUUUUCAAUGGAAAGUAGGAAAUAUUAGAUCCAAACGUACACUGACUCUGAUAAUGAUACAGAAAUGAGCAAUAUUGCGCCCUUCUUUACAGUGCAUUAACACAGUUGACAAUGGUUAGUUAUUUUUACAUGAACCUGGUUCUUUGAAUGUCUCGUAAUGUCUGAAUGUUGCAUGAUCAUCAAGGAUCAAUCCAAUCACUAACCUCUAACAGCUGGUGUGAUGUGUAAAAUUUCACUCCCAUCACACCAUUACUAUCGAUAACACAAUACGGUUGAUUAGCGCAGAACCCACAUUCGGAUACUUAACCAUUUUUCUUCAUUUGAUAUUCACGAUUUAUUCAAAGUGUACCUUACUUGGUAGGCUCUAACGACACGUAACUGUUUGUUAAUUGAAGUGGUUCAAUAAUAAAUAAAAUACAAACAACUACUAAA